AUGACUUCUUCUUCAAUUGUCGAUUCUGUUCGCUCUGCCAUUUCAACAUCUGUUUCAUCAUAUCGUUUAAUGCCUCAGCCACCAGCUCCUCACCGUCCACAUCCCAUUUGCAUGUGCGGUUUUUUGCUCCAAGACUGUGUUCAAUGUAACAGUUAUUUUUCUCAAAUGAUGAACCAUUCUCCUGCCUCCCUUUCUGCGGGAAAAACAAGUGGCAAUUUUGUUCAACAACAAUAUAAUGAUGGUCAUGAUGAUGACCAUGUUCAUGACUACCACAAUUACCACAACCGCCAUCCUGUGCUGAGAUUUUCUGGUUCAAGUAUCGAAGAUUGUUUCUGUUCAGAACCAAGUUGUACUUUUUCUGCUAAACAUGAUUCUUCUUCUGUUAUUACUUCUGCUGUUCCUACCACAACCAAAACAACACUUUCCCCAAAUAAAACAAGUGGCAAAAACAUAGUUUUGGCCAGACACCCAUUGUGUAUUUGUGGACUGGAUGCUAGUCAAUGUGUUUCGUGUUCUAGAGUCAAUGGUAUAGGGCGCCGCACACACACAGAGGCCAAGAUUGCCAGUCGUCUGUAA